AUGUCGGGGGGAAACGUCGUGUCGUCACCCCGUGGCGCCGGUGCUGAGUGCAGGAAAUUUGUUCCUAAUAUAUUCAACAAAAGCAAGUGCAGCAGUUGCUUCAAACAGAAGGAGGAACACAGCGCUGAGGCAUUGGAAUCUAAUCGGGCCACGAGGAAGAUAUCCAAAUAUGGCUACCUCUUUGUCGCACCCAAUUGGGAUUUUUCUAAUCCGCUCAAUCGAACCAAAAGGUGGCAGCGAAGGUGGUUCGUGUUAUACGAUGACGGAGAGCUGACAUACUCACUUGAUGAACACCCCGAGACAGUACCGCAAGCGAGAAUUGACAUGACACGGGUACUAGAAGUAGCUGCUGCCGACGAUGUGACUGGCCAUCCCAAUAGCCUUGCAAUUACAUCACCUGACGGUGUAACAUUUAUCAAAGGAACUUGCAGGGAAGAGACGAGGUGGUGGGGGGAUGUGUUGCAAGUUUACUCCAGGAAUAAGGGAAGGCACAAGCGAAACGCCACAUUUCCCGGAGGACAAACGACGAUCCUGCAGGUGUCGUCGUCGAUAAGAAGCAACACUCCGGAUCCCUUGCGACCGCGAUUCAACAGCUGUCGAUCGGAAAGCAGAAGUUCAACAGCCUGGUCAGCCGAGGUAUCCAAUCACAGUCCAAGUGGUUCAGUUUCACCAAGUGAACCGUACGUAUCCAGCAAUAACAGAGCCUCAUCCAUCUCGUGCAUAAGUGAGAAUGGAAAUUCAUUAUCGAGAACGAGUAUGGUCUCACCGGUGAGAAGUGCAAGCCUUGAGAACGGAAGUGUUUAUAAUUACCCUGGUGCACCAUCGGUAACAGUCAAUGGUACCAUUGUACAGCGAUCGGGAGGAUCGAGUGUUGGUGCAUCAAGUGGUGUCAUGAGUUCUGAGAAAGCCUCGAUUUUACCUGGUACAAAUGAUACCAGAUCUUAUCUGGAUCAUCCAGCGAGCUCUGCAUCACCACCAACGCGGGACAAAUUACGCGCCGAGGAUAAAGCAAGACGACGAAUGAAUCAGCAGACUGAAAGACCAUCGACUGGCAUUGAUGCAACGGAAAAACUAGAUGACGAGGCGUGUAGAAGAAUCUUACUGGAACAUGAGCGUGAACGUGAGGGUAAAUUGCGUGACAUAGCUGUCUCCCUUACGCAACCGCGAGUCCGCCGAACGAAGCCAAGGAACUCCGAGCCAACUAGGGACGUUGUGGAUAACGUCAAUACCCCGCAUCAGGAUAAACUCGUCAGAGGUGAUCCUGAUGGCUGUGGACUCGACAUUUCGGGGAUUAGGUACUCACCAAUAUCAGAAUUGAGGGUAGAUCUACCUGCUGAGGAUCUCCUCAACAUCAAGAAGGGAUGGCUUAUGAAGCAAGGGCUCAAUAAGGAGUGGAGCAAACACUGGUUUGUCCUUCGUGGAUGUGGACUCAUGUAUUACAGAGAUCCUACCACUGAAGACAAAGGCAUCAUGGAUGGUGUUAUAGAUCUGAAUACCGUUACAGCUGUAUUACCGGUGCAAGUGGCGAGGAAUUAUGGAUUUCAAACUGUGACGUGGGAUAGUCGCGGUACAACAGUAUUUUCCGCCGUAACAGCUGGAAUACGAUCGAGUUGGGUGUCAGCGAUACGCCGUGCAGCUAAUCUAUCUGAUUCCGAUGACGUAAUUGUGGACAACCAUAUUCUAUGUCAUGGAAAUCAGCAGCAGGAUUCCAGCAAGAGUCAAUCACCCACUGCAUCCAUGACCGAACGCGAGGGUGACCCAGUCAUCCCCUCGUCAAUGCCCCUGACGCCCCGAUCAGUCCUAUUCUCUUCCGACGAAGAAUAUAGAACUGCCUCAGAGGGUGGCAGACGUGAAUCCGGUGACUGGUCAGAGAUCCCAGUGACCCCACCCCUCACCAGAAACCGCGACUGGCCCUUAAAGGUCACCAACUGGUCGGACGUGUCAACCCUCGAGUGGUCCGAGCUACCGCCAUCGCCCCCUCUAACGCGAACCGCAUUGUCCCGAGUCAAGGCGCGAUCUCGCUCAAACUCCCGAACUCGAGUUUACAAACGCACUAGAAGCUCUCCCCCAAGCUCUCGUCGUAGCACCCUAGACAGCGUGCACUCUGAAGACUUGAUGAUGGCUUGUUGUGAACUCGACGAAGAGCAACACAACCUAGAGCCACCUAACGAAACCCCGUUGAUAGUCGAGCUCCUUGAGAGCCAAGUCACCAUCUUUAAGGAUCAACUCGCCCAGAAUGAUCACCCAACUAGUCUCCUAGUCAUAAUUGAUCGUCAGAAGAACGAACUCGCGUCUUUGAAGUCUCAAUUCCACGCGGCUAGAUCAGAAUUGUCGAACGCGGAGAAAGAGCUUGCGCGAUUGAGGCAGUAUCGAGCGGAAGCUGCAAUUAGAGAGAGUCGAAUAGAAGAACUGCUCAAUACAGUCCAGGGGACAGAGCAACAGCGAAAAAAGGACGUCGAGGAUUUUGACAAGAUGAAGAAGCUUGUCUCGAGGGAGAAAGACGUCAUUGAGUGUAAAUUACUCGAGACGGAAGCUAUUCUGAGAGAAACGACUGAGAGGUGUGAAAUGCUGUCGAAGGAGUUGUCCUCGAGUCAUCUGACUGUCGAGUGUCUCCAGAAAGAAAUCACGUUAUUGAGUGGGAAGUUGUCUCAAGGGAUCGAAGAGAACGACAGAAUCUACGAGAGGAUCAGAGAAUUGGAGGGAAAGAAUAGUCUGUCAGUCUCUCGAGAGCGCGGCAAGAGCUUCGAUUCCUUGAGCGAUCUGACUAAUAUCGAUCUCGAUCUCGAUUUAAGUGGCUUCGAUAAAGAGAGGAUCAUGGAGGAGUUUGAUGAGCUGAGAGGUAGAUUCGAGAAGGCAGUUCUGGAGAUCAGGGCAAUGCGCAAAGAACUCCGAGAAGCUCAUGCUGCUCAAGACGCAGCGGAGCUCGAACUAUUUGCUCACAGACAGGAUAACGCACGGAUUAAGGAGACGAAUCAGGCUCAGGUUCAGCUGAUGGCAGCCAGGAUACAAGACCUGACGAACAAGCUGGCAACUAGUGAGAAGCAGAUGAGACAGCUCAAGCAGAAAUUAACGAAGACUGAGGGCAGGGACAAGAGAAGAUCUCUAUCGUUGAAAGGUCGUGAGUCCUUCUCAAUUUCCCAGGAAGUUGAGGAUAAGCUUCUCGAGUUAGAGAACAAGAUCAUUGCGAUCGAGAAGAACCAAGUGCUGCCGGCACUGAUGACGACCUCGAAGGAGUACCAAACGAGUAUGAAGAAGGAACAUAAACGAGAACACAAGAGUCUCGACAGAACGAGACUCAGACGAAAGUCCCUGGACAGCGCGACGAGUUCGGAGCCCAUGAAGGUUCUAAUUCGCCUGACUACACUUGAGAGAAAAGUCGCUAGUGUUGAGAGGGAGAGUCCUCAGAGUGAUGUUGAUAAAGACUCGAGUGAGCACAGCGAGGCGAGCGCCACCUCGAGUACGGAAGUGUCUAUGGAGCUAUUGAUGAGACUCAAGAAGCUUGAGAAAGCUGUUGGAAAAUCGAAAAGAUGUCUAGAGAAAUGUUUGAGAUCCAGUCAAAUCGAGGAGAAAGCUGAGAGAUGCCUACGGGAAGUCGACCACAUCCUCGAUUCCUGCUUCGAGCUGAAGAACAUCCAGUCAUCGAGUCCAACAGUUCCGGAAGCGAUCAAUGGUGUAGUCUCGAAAUUCGAGAAGGCAUUAACCGAAAAGGUGAAGGAACUCACGUGUCGAAGAAGAAAGCUGCAGGAAACAGGAGAACUCAAUGACUCCGCGAAGAUGCGAUUGUUGGCCGAGAGGAUAGCUUUCGAAUUCGUCAUAAUCCGACAGCUGAAGCAUGCAGUUAUCGGAGAUAAGUCGAUCAAUCGUAGCAGUUUCCUAGGGGAGUUGGUUGAGACUAGUCAAUUAAUAUCAGCACUCAAAUCCAAGAUCGAUGGAUCUUCGAAGAAGUACCAGAAUGUGAACUAUUGUGUGCAAUAUCUGACGAAUGUUCUGGUGGAGAAAUCAGUCCUCAUGUCUGGAAAGUCUGAGAAAUCUGAUGCCUUCGGAUUUGAAGGAACUUCCACAGCUCAAUGCAGAGAAUUUCUCUCGCAACAACAGAAUCAAGUGGAGGGUUUGAUGCAGAAAUACAAAGAAACCAAAUUGAAGGAAUUGGCGGAAGCUCUUGCGGCUGACUCCCUGCGUCCGUCAUCUUCGAAAUCUCUGCAUGAAGACAAGAGAAUUCACGAGGCAUGGGGACUAGCUCAGGAAAUCGUCGACAAGGAGCUACGUCAGACUGAAGUGUCUCACGUGAUGCUGAGAUGUGCUCAAAUGUACGAACAGAAUAUUCCGUCAAUCGCGGAUAUGAGUCUGAAUUUCGAACCGUCAGAGGGGGUUAAUUUGGAAUCUUGGAGUGAUCAAGUGCAGACGAAACUUCUUCGGGAAAUGGAGACAGCCGUCGAAGUACUCAAUUCGUUAUACAAUAAAUCUCUCAAAGACAUGAAGCAGAUGAAGUCGUCUGAGUUUAACUACGACUUACAACAAUUGUUGAGGGAAUUCGCCGGAAUUGUCGCGCAAAAAGCACUCAUUGACGCAAGAAUCUCACUAUUGCUCAAUGAUGAAGUCGAUAGAAUCGGAUCUAGACGGAAUCCAAAUGAGGAAACGCUUGUUGGAAGUGAAAGUCCCCCCCUGGCGUUCAUCGCCGAAGAUAUUGAAAAUUCGAUGUUCAGUCUGGAAUAUCCUCAGUCCUACGAACAAUUCUCGGAAUGUGAGGAAGCAUCGAACACUUCUCAGACGUCUAAAGACUUCGGAACCGUCAAGCAGUCAUUGCGCUUCUUGGAGGAAGAUUUGAAGGAAUUGGGAAUAUCUUUGAGGGAUAAAUUGCGGAUAGCAAGUACUGAGGGAUCUUCGUCGCCCGUGAAAUUCCACAGAUCGCUGACUGAUUGGUCCGGGGUUUAUGAUAAAUGUCGAGAGCUUCGUGAGCACAUCAAAGGAUUGAACGAUUACAUCAAGGGUUUUGCGUGUAAACAGUGUGAUGUUCUUCAGAAGUCGAUAAAGAGUAUUAAUAUGGACCAUGCGGAAGAAUUGAAGUUACUGAAGAUGAAUCAGGAGAAGGAUCUCAUGGAGAUGAAGAGUGAGAUGGAGAAUCAGAGGAGUUCUUUGUCAUCGCAGUAUGAGCAGGAGGCGGCGAGUCUGCGAGAGCGUGCGAGAAAACUCGAGCAGAGACUGAAUUUCAUGGAUUCUGAGCACUCGGCGCACAUCAACGAGCUCAGGGCGGCUUAUCAGAGGUCCAUCAGUGCGGAAUUGGACACGGAUGUGGAGACGAGGAGACGUUACAAGGAGGAGAUCAAGCAGUUGAGAGCACUUUGUGAGAAGGGACUGAUGGCCAUGGAGAACUCGCACAGGAGGAUCAUAGCAGAGAUGGAGGAGAAGCACAGACAGGAGUUGGAAAAUCUCAGGGUGGAGAAGGAACAGGCCCUCUCUGAGGAGACACAGGCGACGCUGGCGGCUCUCGAUGCCAUGAGGAAGGCUCAUGAGCACGAGGUGAAGAAGGAAAUCACCAAGUUCAAGCAGGAAUUUCUGAAGCAAAUGCAGGCCAGAGAGGAUAUUGGGUUACUUCAUAGAGAACAUGAGGAAGAAAUGGAGGAAAUAAAGCAAGAAAUUCUCUCACUCUCCGCGAAAUACUCAUCAAAAUGCGUGGAAUCAGCUGCUCUAGAGGAAAAAGUCGGUUCCCUCACGAAACAAGUUGCUCAAGCCAAACAACACAUAAUGCAACUUGACGCUAGGAACAAGCAGCUUCGAGCUCACUUGGUACUCGAGGCUAACGAAGGUGGGAUUGCAGAACAGAGGGAAGAAAUCCACAGACUACAGCACCAAUUGAAGCAUGGGGAAGCGCUCACAGUCAUAUCCAAAUCCACCUAUUCACCUUAUCAUAGUAGUCCGGAGACUGCUGUUAAAAGAGAAAAAAGCACUGAAGCCAUGGCACAACAGCCCCAAAGAAUCAGCAAUGCACAAAAAUUGAAAAACACAGGGGAUGAAUCACCAAGUGCACAGUAUCUCUGGGAUAGCAUUAAACCGAGGAGCAGUCACCAACAUCAAUAUCAAGAGCUGAUGAGGUCGCCGUCAGUGAGAUGGUCCGGACGAAUAUGCAGGAGUCUUCCACCAACUCCAAUUUUGGGCUAUCAGAACUCCCUCUAUCCUUCAUUGACCUCAGUGGGCAUGGUUGCAGAGAGGAAAAAACGUUUCGAAGUCUAAAAAUUUUGUUCAGAAUGUUUCUGCAAAUUUGUAUUAGACAUGUCACAAGUUUCAUUUAAAAAUUUGCAAAAAAUGUUUUUUAAAAGAACUGAAAUAACUGGAUAGUUUUUCAUAAAAGGCACUAGGAUUUUGUACUGAAUUCUUACAAUUAUUCAGGGAUAUUAGAGAAAAAUACUAGAUAUUUAGACGCAAGAUUUUGAAUUACGGACGAAAAAAUUUCAUUGAAUUCUUAUUAGACUUCUAUUGAAAAUUCUAUAAGUUUUGCGCCGAUUCUAUUGAAAAAUCAAAGAAUAUUUUGUGGGAAAAAAUUAAUGAAUCUCGAAAUUUAUACUUUCUUUUGAGAUAUUUGGUAUAGAAAAUUUUUGACAUGAAUUUUCCAAGUUUUUUCACAUUUUUUUCUGUUCACUAAAAAAAUUCAGGCAGAAAAACCUUGGUAAUUCCAUCCGAAAAUUUUGUAUAACAACUCAUUGAAUUUUUUUCUAUCCACUAUUUUCUAUUGGAAGAAAGAAUUUUGUUUCGAAAUUUUGCCGUUCAUUUCAACAAGAUUUUUAUUUGAAAUUAAUAAUCUCAUAUAUUUAUUUCAUUGAUAAUGUUGAAAUCAUCUGAGAUGAAUAAUUAAUCAAUUCCAAAUGUCUCCAUGCCAUAUGGAAUUAUUCGAUUGCAGUAGUCAAAUCCCCUAUUGGAAUCAAACAAUUUAUUUGAUCCAAAUAAACAAUUAUCACGUGUUAAUAAACUCAUUCUCUCGAUGUCUAAAGAAUGAUUUUAUUUAUAACUAGUAAAGUACUGAUUUGAAUCAGAGAAACAUUUGUUUUUCUUCAAAAAACUAGUCAUUUGAUUUAAAUAAGGUUUAUUUCAUUCAAAUAAACAAUUAUCUGGGCUUGGAAUCAGCGAAAAAUCCCUAGAAUUUUCAAUAAAAAUCGACUAAAAUUUUCCAACUAGUGCGUUAGUUUUUUUUUCGUGCGUGAUUUGAAAAAAAAAAAUUGUCCUCUGAGAUACAAUAACAUUUUGUCAAGGCCUAAAAACCUAUUAAAUGUCGUAGUUUCAUAUAAAAAAUUCAUCGAUGUACAUAUAUAACCCAUAUAUACCAACAAUCGAAAACUGUUGUCACACCUUUAUUGAGCAUAUUUAUGCUGUAAAUAUGAUUCAAUGAGAUUCUCAGUUGACUAAUUAACAAAUCUGUCUUUUAUUUUCAAUGUUACUGAUGCACACCAUAUAUUAUGAAAAAAUUUGUUGGUGAAUGCACGUUCACGGGCAUUUUUUACACAUAUUAUCCGUUAAACUCAACAACUAAUUUUAAUUACACAAAAAAUUUAUACAUAUUGAUUAGUUAAAACUCAUUAACUGCAUGAAUUGAGAUGUUUAUUCCCCAUUUAUUGAAAUUGUGUAUAGAUUUUGUUUUCUCGAGUCAUACAUCAUCUUGUUAUUGUCAUAAAUAUAGUUACACUUUUGUAAAUGAUUCAUGGUUAAUUAAGACAGAUUGAUCGUUUUAAUAGUCAGUUAUUUUGAACGAUAACUAGAAUUAACAUGAUUGUUUAUAUAUCUGUUGAAACGAACAAAGUAUUUAUUUAUAUUCAUUAUUGAUUAGAUAAGUGUUUCCAGUGACAAUAUCAGUAAUUACAUUAUUUACCAAUGAGUGGGAAGAUAUUGCUCAGAAUUGUUUAACUAUUUAUAAUAAUUUGUUUGUAUCAUAGGUUUCGAAUUAAUUUCAAAUAGAAACAGAGAGUAAUCAA